AUGGGGAAGGGGGUAUUGAAAUAUGGUGGUAAGUCGGGUAUUUUGCCAAAGAAAAUAAACAUUUUCACCAGACCGAUACGCCCUAUGAAUGAAUGGGAGAAACAACGGAAAGAGGAGGCAAAAGAGAGCGGUUAUGCGCCUGGUGUACCAACCCCGAUUAUCAACAAAGUGCAGCUUCCACGCCAGCAUCCGCCACGGAAGGUUAUUACAGUUCAAGAACGUAUUGCAGCGAUCAAGUACCCGCCAAUGUCAUUACAAGAAAUGAAUUCAUUACCGGAAGCAGAAAGGGAUGCUCAAAAAAGGGCAUACUACAGAGCAGAGUUUUUGAAAGAAGCAUACUUGGAGGAGGAAAAACGGUUAGAGAAGAUUGACCAAAUGAAGAAGAAGAUUCAUGAGCAAGACUUGGAGAGGCAGCAAAAAGAAGAGAGUGAUCAUAAAGCAAGCGUCAUUUCAUCAUUACCAACAAUACAAAAAAUCUUGGAGGAUGGAUUGGUCAGGCAAAGAACGCAAGAUGAGAAAGCGUUGUUGAAAGAGGAGAGGAAGUUGAAUAUGCGUUCUAAGGAAUUGCACGAAAAGGAGGAAAAAUUUCAGAAAUUGUUGGAAUUGUACCAAGCAUCUGGGAAAUUUAUAACCAGUGAAGAACAACUCGAAGAAGCGAUUUACAGAGCGUUUGAGGUGGAUGUAGACAAGUUUGAAACCAGCCAAACUAUUGUGGAUAGUAAGCUAUUCUCGGAUAACGCAAGCUAUUUGGUUGGAGAAGCUAAUGAACAGAAGAUAGCCGAUGCUGUAUUAGGAGAGAUAAAUGGGAAACCCGGUUUGGAACAAGUAAAGGAUGUUUUGAGUGGAGCUAGAGAGAAGGUGAAAAGAGAAGCACAUAUAAAUCUUAGGAGCUCAAUGAAUCCUACAAACUAG